CUGCUGCUCUGCAGUGCUGUCGUUGGUUCUGUGGUUCAAUCUGUGGUUGGAUUCAAUUCACAAUUCACAAUUCACAUCACAUCUAUUUCGAACUUCGAUUGUUUUGCGUAAAUAAGUAUUUCUCGAAGGAAUAAUUUAUAAUUAAUUUGUGAACGAUAUUGCUUUUUACGUUUAAUCAGAAGCCGGUCAUUCCAUUAUCAAAUUGAUAAUAAAAUUUUGUAUCGGUCAAUCUUUGUUGGUAGUGCUCUUUCGAAAUAACCAAUAUGUUGCCACAAGAAGCCCUCGAACAGUUGAAAGUGUUUCUUAACCUUGUGAAACAAACUCCGCAACUACUUCAUACGCCAGAACUCGCCUUUUUCAAAGAGUUCAUCGAAUCUUUCGGCGGUGUUAUUCCAACUGCUUCGUGCAACAGAGAGACGAGCAAACCACCUGAACCCGAGGAGAAGAAACCCGUUCCACCUGAAGAAGUGAAUGAAUCUUCGGAUGAGGAAAGUGACGUGGAAUUGGAUAACACUGGUGUAAUAGAAAAUCCGGAUCCGGAAGAAGAAAUUGAAGAUGUAUCGAGUUUGAUUGAUCAAGAAGUCGGUGAAGACGACAUCGAUAAAGCUAACGAAAAGAAAAUCGAAGCCAUUUGCCAGUAUAACGAAGGAAAUUAUGAAAAAGCUGCUGAAUUAUUUGGCGAAGCUGUGAAAUUGAAUCCAAGCAUGUCGUUACUGUAUGUCAAGAGAGGCCAGUGCUACUUGCAAUUGAGCAAACCCAACGCGUGUAUUCGUGACUGUACGAGAGCUUUGAGCAUCAACCCCGACAAUGCGGCGGCUUACAAGUUUCGAGGACGUGCUCAUCGGUUGCUAGGCCAUUGGUUGGAUGCUGUGAAAGAUUUGCGAAACGCUUGCAGAAUUGAUUUUGAUGAACAAGCCGAUGAAUGGUUGAAAGAAGUAACACCUAAUGCUAAAAAACUCGAAGACCAUCAAAGAAAAUAUGAAAGAAAACGAACCGAACGUGAAAUUAAAGAAAAAAAAGAACGACUCCGUAAAGCUCGCGAAGAACAAGCUAAAGCCGAAGCAGCCAAUAAAUCAAAACCAGAUUUUGGCGCCGGAUUUGGCGGUUUAGGUGGUAUGGGUGGCUUAGGUGGCUUGGGUGGCAUGGGAGGUAUGGGUGGUAUGGGUGAAGGUACCGGAGACUACAAAAUACCUAACGAAUUUAUGGAUAUUUUCACCGAUCCGGAAAUACAAAAAUGUUUCGAAGAUCCUGAAGUUUUUGCCGCAUUUACCGACAUCUCCAAAGAUCCAUCGAACAUGUCCAAAUACGCUGGAAAUCCCAAAAUAAUGGCUUUGAUCACUAAACUAACCAGCAAACUAGGCGGUGGAAAAGGUUUCCCUGGUGGUGGUUUCCCAGGAGCCGGUGGUUUUCCUGGUUUCGGCGGUGGUGCCAAUCCGCCUCCGUCUGGUCCUAAUAUCUCCGAUGAUAUUGGUUUAGAUUAAUUUGGAUCCUGCUGCCGUAUGUCGUUCGUAUUUCUUUUCUCUUUAUUUCUUUUUUUUUCUUUUUUUUUUUUUUAAAUGUACAUAAUCUAUCUAAUUUUUUUCACAUCUUUCGAACGUGCCUAAGAAAUAUAUCAUUGUGAAGAGAAUUUCAUAGUAGGUAAAGGUAUUCACAAUUUCACAUGCGGGUCAAAAUGCAUCCUUCGUUGGUUGUAUAAUUUACAAGAAAGGGAAUUUCCCACCGGUGUUGAUUUGAUUAUAUUCGGUCUUUAAACGUAUCGCGAUAUUGAUUUAUUCAUUGGCCGUCGAUCAGUCAUUUUAUAUUUAUGUGAUUUUUAAAUAUGUAAGUGUUACAGAUUCAAGAUAUUUAUACUUUUUUCUGAGAUAAAUCUAUUAAACGCCAAUUGUGUACGAUAGAUUUUCAUGUUUUAUGCCUAGUUACGCGUUUCAGUUGUAUUUCCUUAAUAUAUUCAUUUAUAAAUCAAUUUAA